AUGGCCAUAAAUAAAAACUUCUGCCCUGAGAACAUCCCUAUUGCCAUCCAAAAGUUUCGAAAUGAGGAUGAUGAGCUUGCUCGGUUCAAGUCUAAUACCCUCACACAACCACUAUCCGGCGGCCAAUGUCAAAUCUACAGGCUCGGAUUCUCCGACGAUGCUGACUGGGCUAUUCGAAUACCUAUACACUUAAGCUCCUAUUCUGAGGAAGAAGUCGUCUCCAUACUUAUGACAGAAAUUAAAAUCCUCAAACAUCUAGAGAAUUGCCGGUUUCCAUGGUCACCGAAAGUAAUAGGCUAUGACGUGACAUUUGACAAUCCUAUUGGCUUCCCAUUUCUCGUCUUAAACUGGAUUCCAGGCGAGCCUUUAAGUGGUUCGGCGUUGGAGUACUUUACGGAUAAGGUCGACCAGAAAAUUAUUAGAAUAUGUCAAGGCCGCCUCCCCGAACUCGAAGUCAACCAUUGCCUCCAUUUAAAAUGCGUACUCCCAGAGGUCCUACACCCCGAACUAGAUAACGCUCCGUCGUUCAUCGAACAUGGCGACAUUUCAGCUAGAAAUAUUAUUGUGGACUCGGAGUACAAUAUCAAAGGUAUUAUCGACUGGGGUUUCUCUAAUUAUCAACCUUUCCAGCUUGCUGCUAGUCUCCCUAGAUUCCUAGCAGUAGAACAUUCUCCUGACCUUGAGCUAUAUCUAAUGUUACAGAAAGACCGAGCAAACUUCCUUAGAGCAUUGCGGCAGGAAUUGCCAAACUGUUCUAUUAUGCCACUACUGUUGAGGUUAUAUUCGGCGCCAGACGUUGAUUACAGAAGGCUUGUUCUGGAAGCGGUUGUUAGUAAAGGCCGGCACAAAUGGUUUGUAGACAGACCUUUGUUAUACUCCGAUACCCCGGUAGACCUAAUGCGGGAAGUAUCUGAAUUUUUUACAAGGGAGAGCGGCCGAAAGAGCGGGCUCCAUGCCGCUGCCUUGAUGGAACGUUUGGAGCGUUGA